UCGCUGCAGUGGCUUCUAUGAAAAGCGGAAAUGACUUUAACAAAUAGUUUUGCUCAACCUCGCCUCAAAAACGUCAUAUGACCUCCUAGUGAUGCACUGAAAUUUUGUCGUUGCUGUUGCUUCAUUGAAGCUUGACAAGCAUUAUCUGUAUAUUUGAUGAAAUGGCUUCAGAGAAACAGAAACGAAGAGGGACCGAUACGCUUGGUGUAAAAGGAUCGAUUAACGCAUCGCCUGGUGAAGAAGUUAAAAUCACUGAGAAAAACAAACAAAACAAAGCGAGAAGACAGGAAUCUUACGCUGAUGAUAUGAGAAUUUUAUCAGCUUUUUCAUUCGUCCUUGGAGGAACUUUCUUUGGCAUGUUUAACAGUUUCAUGAACCACAAUAUUCCAUCUUUGCCACCUUGUAAAGGCCAGAAACCUGCAAGCACCAGUCUAAUAACUCUCUACGUGGUCUUGGCUACAAUUGGUUUUAUGUUUUUAUUCAGCUCUGCCCUCAUUUCUUACGAGCUGUUCCUUCUUUUCAGAGACAAAAAAAUCACUGACCCAACUCAGCAGUGGAAAUAUUUAAAAUUUUGUUAUUUGUUUACUUUCUUUGCUAUUGUUAUAUGCUUUGCUGCUCAUUCUAUCAGUCUCUACAUUGUCCAGUGUAAAAAAGACACAAUAUUAUUAGCCUACGUACCUACACUGGGCUCGAUUUGUUUGAUAGCUGUAAUAGUUAUUGGUGUGUUAAACUACAAAUUUCACAAACGCAAUACCUAAUACCCACGCAAGAUAGCCUGUGUACAUUGAGGGGUGAGAAACGGAUGUACACACAGGCUACGCAAGAAGAAAGUCCAGUAAAUCGUCCAUGGCAAGUGAACGAGUGGAAAGAGGGUACUACAUACAAGAUUGAUUCAUGAAGACUUAUCUCUAAUUUAUCUUAUAGUUUUGUAAAACAAUUAGAUCACUCGGACUCGAGCGUGCCUACGAUUUGAUAGUUCACUCAGCUGAGUAAUAACGUACGACGUUAUCUUUGCGUUAUGGACAACUCGCAGUCCAUUCGUGGUCUAAUCGUUUAAAAAUAGUUAAUGAAUGUCAUCAAUCUUGAUUAAACCAUCAGUCAUCAUCAGUUAAUUUUGGAAUCAAUAUAUUAAUAAUAGCCGGGGAUUUUAACACGAUUUAACAGUAUCUACAGCAUCAAUCCACUAUUAGGGGGAAUCUUGACAUAUUUUUAACUGGUACUUUUCCUCCGAGUGGAUGUUGUCGAUCCAGCCCGUAUGGCUUACAUGUAAAUGUUUUUUAUUUGAGAGACUGAGAAUAUUAUUCAUUUCAGAGUUUACUGAGUUGCGGUUUAUAUUAGACAAGAAUGCAAACUAACCUGUCAUAACAUGAUUGAGCAAACGAAUAUCCAGAUUCAUUAUACGAUUCACCAAAUAAAUAAAAAGCAGCAAAAAUAUUUUCCUUUCAAAUAACAUUUGAUCGAAAAUUCUGACAGACAGGUCAACACAAAAUUUAUAGAUUUCAAAAUUUCUGGAUCCGCCCACAAUUGAAAUAAAGAAAUCUUGCGGCAGGCGUCUCA